CUGGUGUAUCUGUCUAGGGCAACCAGCGUCCUCCUCAUCUAUACGCACUGAAGGGAAAGAAACAUCUUUGGUUGGGAGAGAAGGAGGAAAAAAACAAAAAAAGAGAGAGAGAGGAAAAACUUGCCUGGUAGCGGAAAAUGACACUUGAAGUAGCAAAGCCGGCAGCGCGAGAACGGAUCCAACGGAGUGGAAGCAGCAUGAAGGAAGAGCAGCUGGGCAGCGGCAGGAACGCGGUGCGGACGUGGAUGCAGGGCGCCGGGGUGCUGGACGCCAACACGGCGACGCAGAGCGGGGUGGGUCUGGCCCGGGCUCACUUUGAGAAGCAGCCGCUUCCAAUCUGCGGAAAUCCACCUUCUUCCGCUUCGUCCUGGUCCUCUACGACAGACAGGGCCAGCCCGCGGAGAUCGAGGGGACAGCCUUGGUGGGGUUCGUGGAGAAGGAAGAAGACGCCAGCAGCGAAAAGACCGAUAACGGGAUUCACCACCGGCUCCAGCUCCUCCACAGCAGUGGUGAGGCUCCCGUCGGGGCUGCGCCGGCACCCCGGGGCUCCGGGUGAGGGUGGGGGGCGCGGGGAGCUUCAGGCGGACGAGGACCCGGAGCAAAUCUCAGUCAUCCGCCAUCCUCGGGGUAAACCGGCGUCUCCUAAGCUCCGCCAGAAGAGGUUUCACCUGAGUGGCUCGAGGGCGGCCGCAUCAGCGAGCGCGUACCUGGGCCCAGGAAUGAGGACGCAGCGGGAUUUCUACGUUCGCCUCGUUGACGCCAUGACAAAACAA